AUGCAUUCUUCGAUCUUCUCCGUCGCUGCUUGGGCAGCUUGUGUUGCGGGGUCUGCCAUCGACCUCACCAAGCGAGACACGCCUCUGCAGGUGACGCUGUCGCCCAUCAGCGAUAGCAACAGUCGAGUCAAGGCGACCGUAACGAACACGGCCGAACGUGGCUACAACCUAUUCUACAAAGGUUCCUUCCUCGACAGCAGCUCACCAGUCGACAAGUUCGUCGUGUCAGGUUCAACCCAGCGAGCCUCAUUCAACGGUGUCUUGCUCCGCAUGGCCACCACAGGCACGCUUUCAGCUACCAACUUCGUCCCAAUCGAAGCCCAGCAGUCCAUCGAGACCAAAAUCGACAUUGCCGAGCUCUAUGAUGUUGAGACAACAGACUCUUACAUCGUUCGUGCUACCGGAGCCAUGCCAUACGCAGACCUCAACAGCACCACCUUGACCGGCGACUCUGUAGCUUUCUCUUCCAACAUCCUCACGCUAGACAUCGAUGGUGACGUGGCGAAAGCUACGCCCUACGCCAUCGAUACUCAUACCCUCACUCUCGAUAGAAGGACCGAUCUAGACACUACUGGGUGCUCCCAGUCGAACGCAAACGCCAUCGCCGCCGCACUUCAUAACUGCGCUGUUCUCGCCACGGCCGCCGCAGAGGCCGCAACUAACGGCUCCAGCACCAAGUUCCGCGAGUACUUCAAGACUACCAGCGCAUCAGCGCGUCGAACCGUAUCGCAACGCUUUCUCGCCGUUGCAGCAGACUGCGCCUCUUCCUCUGGUGGUGUCACCACAACCUCGUGCAGCGACACUUACGGCUAUUGUGAAGAGGGUGUAUUGGCUUACACACUGCCCCGGUAUAAUCAUAUCGCUUACUGUCCGAUCUUUUACUCGUACCUGGAGCCUGUUAGUGAGCAGUGUCAUGAUCAGGACCAGGCUACGACUGUGCUGCAUGAGGAGACGCAUGCGGAGGGCGUUAUGAGUCCAGGGACGGAGGACUUUGCGUAUGGGUACAGUGCGCAGAAGCAGCUGAGUGCGGAGGAGGCGGUGUUGAACGCGGAUAGUUAUGCUAUGUUUGCAAAUGCAGUGUAUGUGGGAUGUUAG